CGGUCCGUUCCCCGCCCUCCGCCGGGACCCCACGUACGGGGAUGCUAAGGGGGACCCCCCGUGGCACACGCUGCCGGCGGCGAGGGGGGGCUGCCCGGUUCAUCCGGUGUCCAACGGCGGCUGGAAGUUGGUCUCGCUUGGGAAGGGGGAAUUCCUGUUUUUCUACAUCAUGGGGACGCUGCAGGUUAAUGCAAGAAGAAAACAGCAACGGCAAAAGAAAAGGAAAAAAAACAGAGAGUCCCCAGAGAGAGCCUGGGCCGUGAACACCGGAGGAAGCGUUAUUUAUUCCACUCUGCUCCCUGUGAGCUGCAAUCAUCCCUCGUUAGCUCAGCCCCGGGCUGGGACUGCCCCACUUCCACAAUGGACGAGACCGCAGACGAGCCUCCCACCUCUGCCGUCCUCUUAGACAACUGCCACUUCUCCCAGGUCAUCUUUAACGAUGUGGAGAAGUUUUAUGUUCCCGGAGGAGAUGUAACAUGUUAUUAUACCCUCACACAGAACAUCAUUCCUCGCAGGAAGGACUGGGUGGGCAUCUUCCGGGUGGGAUGGAAAACAACCCGGGAAUAUUACACAUUCAUGUGGGCUCCUCUGCCUGAUGAUGUCCACAGUGACACCGCUGUGCAGCAACAGAUCCAGUUCAAAGCUUACUACCUACCGAAAGAUGAUGAAUACUACCAGUUCUGCUACAUCGACCAGGAUGGCGUGGUCCGUGGAGCCAGUGUGCCUUUCCAGUUCAGAGCAGAGACUGAGGAUGAUAUCCUGGUGGUUACCACACAGGGAGAAGUAGAAGAGAUUGAACUACAAAACAAAAAUUUGCGUAAAGAAAACGAGGAGCUGAAAGCAAGCUGUGCAAGUCUCCAGAAACAAAACAUGGAUCUGCAGGAAGACCUCAAGAAGACACAGGAGCUGCAGAAUAGUUUAGAGUCUCUAAGGAGCAACACAGAGACACUGGAGCUGGAGCUGAAUUCCCUGAAAAAGGAAAAUAAACGGCUAAAGGAGCUGGAUGACUGCAGAGAGGCAGAAGUGCACCAACUCAAAGAACAAAUUCAGAAUGUGACCUCUGACAAGGAACGCCUGGAAACCAGACUGAAAACAGCCCUGGAUCACAUGGACCAGCUGCAGUCUCAAGUGUUGAAUUAUGAGAAAGAAGUGGAAAACCUAUCUCAUAUCGACCGUGACAAGGCAGAGCAGCUUGAAAGUUUAAAGGAAGAGAAUCGCCAGUUACGCAUGACUAGAACUCAACAGCAACAAAACCGUGACUUGAUGAAAGAACUUGAGGAGCAGAAGCGUUUGUUUCAGAUUCUGCAGGCAAAAAAGAAGGAAGCUGAUGAGGAAAAUCAGAAACUCAGGAAAGAGAAUGACGGACUCCUGAGGCAUCUCUCGCAGGCUAGAGAGUUUUCUCCCUUCUCUGUUGUUUCACAAGCUCAAGCUCCAAUUCCAGCUCCUGAAGUAGGAGGCCUUCUGUUUGGAAAUCCAUAUUGUGCUACAGGAACAAACCUGGGGGCAGGAGCUGCAGACAUACCUUCUAUAAGGAAAUGCCCCAUGUGCGAUGAAGUAUUUCCUGAAGAUAUUGAAACAAGUCAAUAUGAGGCCCAUGUGCAGAGCCAUCUUCUGGAGUGCCCAGUCUGCAGUGAGACCUUUGAAAAGUCCAAUAAGCAGGUGUUUGAGGACCAUAUCUUUUGUCAUGGCCUGGAAUAAUUCUGAAUCCAUAUCUGCUCUGUAGAAUAGGUGGCAGAGGCCGCAGUAUAGAAUAGACCAAAAUCACUGUCUAGGCUUAAUUCAUGCUAAGAUCACCCAGACACGACUGACUAUGCCACUAGUACUGUAAUUCUGAGCUUUCUGUUCCAUGCAGCAUAUGACCAGCACAUAAAUCAGGUCAGACAUCCACAUCCUGAAACUGAAUAACCGUCAUCAAACUUAAGUCCUCUGUCUUGGAUCAAGUAUAUCUGCUUGUUAAAUGAGUUACAAAUCCUAUAAUUAGUAAUUUAGUUGAAUGUGGUACCAGUUCUUUAGAACAGGAUUGGCCACAUAACUGUUCAUUCAGGUAGGGAUCCAAGUGAUGGGAUGUAGUACAGCAGUUUUCUGUACUUGGCUGAUACAUCCCUAUUAUAAUGGUUUUGUUCUUUAAUAUAGCACUGUGAUUGCUAACCAAAGACUGGAAACAUUGUAUAAUCUUUCAGGAUCACACCUUCAGUCCUGCUCAGCUUCUGGAAUGCAGAAUGAAUUAAUAAUAAGUAAAAAAGUCUAAAUAAAAAUACAUCUCUUCUUUCACCGUCAGUCAUAAAGCAAGUGAAAGAUACAUAUUUAUAAGGAGACCAGCUACCUGUUUGCAGAUCUGAAGGUCUAGGGCCCUCCUUCCAGCAAAGUAGGCAGCACGGCUUAUUCUAGGGUGAGGCACGUGCAGUUUUCUCCAUCCGUCUCAGGAUGAGGAAAGCCUGAAAUUUCUGAAACAGGGAAGGUCAGUAUGGCAUGGAGCCCAUAGAAAAGCAGUAGCUGAGUUGUCUUGGCAGCACAGAGAAUAAAUGGUCUCAGUCAGAAACUGGGCAUCCUCAUUUAAAGGAAAUUAUUAAUUCAGAUUAUUUCUCUUUUAUGUUUCUAAACCUUCUUGAUUUAACAAGAAGAGCCUGUUCUCAACCCCAAACAUUGUGAUGAUUCAAAACUAAGUGCCUUGGGAUAUUACAAUGCUUUGUGCACAGAUUAUCCAGUUACUAUUUUUAUUUCUGCUUCGGCAUUUUCAAUUUACAAUUAACAGCUCUUCUUUCCACGCAAACACAAAUGGGGAAAGGUUUAUUAUCCAGCUGUAUUAGUCUGUGUUUCCUGCUGAAUAUCUGAAGCAAUAGAAAAUCCUAAGAAGUUUACAUAGAGUUUUAAGAAUAUUUAGAGUAACAAAGACUUCAAAAUGUUUUACGGUUUUGAUUCUACACAAACUUUUUAUCAAUCUAGGUUUAAAUAGAGUAUUUCUGUCCUGAGAUGUACUAUACUGGUAAGCAUUAUUUAAAAAACCUGUAAAAGAAAAUAACAGCAAACAAAAAUAAAAGCUAUACGGAGAAAAUCUUUGAAAAA